AUGGAUUCAAUCUUGGAAAACCAAAGGAAGCUUCAUGAAGAACGCGAGCGUACCAUUGAAACAAUUGUGAAAGAAAUCAUGAGUGAUAAGAAGACGCACAAAGCUAAUAUCAAUUCACAACAACGCGUGAAAUUUCUUGUCGAUAGGUAUCAUGGUUGCACUGAGAAUUUGGAACGCAUCUAUACCGAUACCGAAGGGAUUCGCAAACGUGAAAUGGAAGCAAUCGCUGGACCUAAUGAAUUUGCCGAGUUCUACGCUCGUUUAAAGAUUCUCAAGGAUGCACACCGGCGAAAUCCUGAUGAGCUUGCUGAACCACUUUCUAUGGAAUUCCAAAAAAUGCACGAAGAAAUUGCCGAUCCAGAGCGAGAAGAAACUGAUAUGGUACAGUUUACGGAUGAAGAAGGAUACGGAAGGUUUUUGGAUAUGCACUCUCUACAUGCAUUGUAUCUCAAUCUUAAAGCUGUUAAGAAAAUUGACUACAUCACCUACCUCAGCCAGUUCGAUAGAUUUGUGGAUAUACCAAGAAACAUUACCAAAAAGACGGGAGCUUACAAGGAAUACUUGCAUGCCUUAAAGGACUACCUCGUCUAUUUCAUGGAUCGCACUCGACCACUUCAUAACCUUGCAGAGGACUUCAGAAAGAGUGAUGCUGAAGUUGAUCGGAUGUUGGCAGAUGGUACCUUGCCUGGCUGGCAAUCACAUCCCACUAACAUGCAACAUGCAACAAUCGAUGUAUCUGCUUACACUAGCCCCACGGAAUUGGAAAGUUUAGGCUUAGAUAGGCUAAAAGCUGCACUUUCGGCUCUGGGAUUGAAAUGUGGAGGCACACUCAAAGAACGUGCUGAGCGCUUGUUUGCCUCGAAAGGAGUAAGAGCUGGCGAGCUUGGUAGAGAUGCACUGGCGAAAAAAGCUGAUGAUGCAAAAGAGCAGACACGGGUCGCCGCACUGGCAAAGCUUGAAGGUCACAUAAAGUGUAUUGGCAACGUUUUGUUGGAAGAACGAGAUGCAACACGCGAAAACGUAGAAAGAAAGCAGGCAAGGGCUGCAGGAGAAAUGGAGGAUGAUGAAGAAGAACCGCCGGUUGAGAGCGAUGAGGAGGAAGACGAUGGAAUACCGUACAAUCCGAAGAAUCUUCCUCUCGGGUGGGACGGCAAACCUAUUCCAUAUUGGCUGUAUAAGUUGCAUGGACUUAAUAUAUCUUAUUCGUGUGAGAUAUGCGGUAAUCAGGUUUACAAGGGACCGAAAGCAUUCCAGAAACAUUUCAAUGAAUGGCGACAUUCUCAUGGAAUGAGGUGCCUUGGGAUUCCAAACACUGCCCACUUUGCGAAUAUUACGCAGAUCAAGGAUGCAUUGGAUUUGUGGAAUAAAAUAAAAGGAGAGAAGGAAAGACAAAAAUGGAAUCCAGAUUUGGAUGAAGAAUUUGAAGACUCAGCAGGAAAUGUAGUGAACCGGAAAAUGUACGAAGAUCUCAAAAGACAAGGACUUUUGUAG